CCCCAUGUAUGUUUGUUAUUCUUAAAGGAAGCCAUGUUGUCCACUGUUCCGGCCAUUAUUUCCUCCAAUCCCAUGAUACAAAGUGAUCCAUUUCCCUCUCUCCAAAGCGCUUGGGAUUGCUCCCAACUUUUUUCCAAUACCCAGUCAGUAGGACCCGCUCGGUCCGGUUCCGCUUCGAUUGAACCGAACCAAACCCAAACCCACUCCAAUUCCUGUUUGGACGAAUCAAACCAAACGCUUUCCAUCAUCGAUGAACGAAAGAGAAGACGCAUGAUAUCGAACCGGGAAUCGGCCAGGAGGUCACGGAUGCGUAAACGGAAUCAUUUAGAAAACCUAAGGAACCAGGCGAACCGGCUUAGAAUCGAGAACCGAGAACUGACUAACCGUUUGAGGUUCCUUUUGUACCACUGUCAUCGUGUAAGGACUGACAACGACCGCCUCCGAUCUGAGUCCACUGUGCUCCGACUAAAAUUGUCGGACAUGCAUCAAAUUUUGCUAUUCAAGCAGCUGCAGCAGUUUUCAUCUGCAUGGCCAUGCAAUAACGUGACUGUCAUGUCCGAACAAAUUCCACCACCAUUAAUCAUCUAAACGCAUUCACAAUAAAACUACAUUAAAUUUCUCUCCAAAAGGGAGAAACUAGCUAUCUCUUUCUGUAAAUUAAAAUGGUGUUAGAGAAAGAAAAUGGAUGGGUUUCUGUAAAUUAAAAGAGAUACGAAACCACACAGUAUUGUAGUGUAGAAAUAAGUUGAGUCAGUGUUUGGCUUUUUGUCAACGUUAUUUUUGUUUUCUUCUUUUUUGUUGUUAGCUUUGAAAAAUCCCUCCCACUAUACGUUUAAUGCAAUAUGGCAAAUCAUUGAAACUUA